AUCCCUGGCGAUAGUUAUUAUGGCUGUCCAAGCACAGUUUUGUUAUGAAAAUAUGAGUUUGCCUUUGCCUAUUCUUCCUUCAUUAGAAAUUGGUUUUAGUCUUCAGGAGUUUCCUUCUCAACAAAACGCUCAGAGCUUGGUUUCCAUGAUGGGUUAUCAACCUUUAGAUGCUCAACUGGAGAUUCAAAGGCAGGAACUUGAUUGUUUUCUUCAGUUACGGAAUGAAAGACUAAGAUAUGCGUUACGAGAACAAAGGAAUGAACAACUUGGAAAUCUGUUAAAGACUUUGGAAUCAAAGGCAAUGUAUUUGUUGACGCGAAAGGAAGAAGACUUGGUACGAGCAACAAAUAAAAGAAUGGAGCUUGAAGCGUGUUUAAGAGAAGUGGAAAUGGAAUGCGAGUCAUGGCAAAGACUUGCACAAGCCAAUGAAUCAACGGCUAUGGAUCUUAGCAAAAGACUUGAACAAGCUAAAGACAGUUCAGCUGAAGACGAAGAGUCCGCUGAAGACGAAGAGUCCUGCAAUAAAGAUCAACAACAAGAAAGAGACGAUAAGAUGGCUUGCAAACACUGCAGCUCUAGGAGUUCAUGCGUUCUCUUUUUACCUUGCAGACACCUUUGCUCCUGCAAAUCAUGUGAACCAUUGCUUGUUUCUUGUCCCUUCUGUAAAUCUGUAAAGGAAGGGAGCAUUAAGGUUUUUUUGGUUUAAUCAAAGAAGAAGAAAC